UGUGUGUUUAUAAGCGAGAAGGAAACUUGCUUCGGCGACAAUUUCAAAGCGCCCAAAAGACGAGCAAGGCGUCCGUGCCUGCCAGCGUCCAGCGUCCAGCAAAUCCUUGCCGGAAAUCCAGUUACAGCAACAGCCACAGAUCCCUAUUCUGAGCAGCAGGACACGCAACCAGUUUCAAAAGUUGAAAAGUGCGCGCCGCCUUAAACGCCGUUUGUUUCCAGUUUAAAACCAAGUUUUGUUCAAGUUCAAGUUCAAGUUGAGUCGAAAUGCCUUUCGCCCACGAAUCGCAACUGAAGUCGGUGGCCAGCGAACAGCUGACCAAGACGGAGACCAUCAAGCUGCGCAACCAACACAUCGGGCAAGCCUGUCAGCUGUUCUACCGCUCUGAUCCCCUGAAAAUCGUACGGGGCCAAGGUCAGUACAUGUUCGACGAGGAGGGAACCCGGUACUUGGACUGCAUCAACAAUGUGGCCCACGUUGGCCACUGCCAUCCGGAGGUGGUGCGAGCUGGUGCCCUGCAAAUGGCCACCAUAUCCACAAACAAUCGCUUCCUACACGAUGAACUGGUGCAGUGCGCCCGGACACUGACCAGCAAGAUGCCGGAGCCGCUGUCCGUGUGCUUCUUCGUCAACUCCGGUUCGGAGGCCAACGAUUUGGCUUUGCGACUGGCCCGGAACUUUACCAAGCGCCAGGAUGUGAUCACCCUGGACCACGCCUACCAUGGCCAUUUGCAGUCCGUGAUGGAAGUGUCGCCCUACAAGUUCAACCAGCCGGGCGGAGAGACAAAACCCGACUAUGUCCAUGUGGCCCCCUGUCCGGAUAUCUAUGGUGGUCAGUUCACGGACAAAAUGUAUCCCGAUGCCGACAUGGGCGCCCUGUAUGCCCGGCCCAUUGAGGAGAUAUGCCAACGUCAGUUGGCCAAGGGUCAUGGCCAUGGUGUGGCCGCCUUUAUAGCCGAGAGCCUGCAGAGCUGCGGUGGCCAGAUCCUGCCGCCGGCUGGUUACUUCCAGGCCGUGUACGAGGCAGUGCGUUCCGCCGGUGGCGUUUGCAUUGCCGACGAGGUUCAGGUGGGAUUCGGACGCGUUGGUAGCCAUUACUGGGCCUUCGAGACCCAGAAUGUCGUACCCGAUAUUGUGUGCGUGGCCAAGCCCAUGGGCAAUGGACAUCCUGUGGGUGCGGUGGUCACCACACCGGAGAUUGCCCAGGCCUUCCAUGCCACCGGAGUGGCCUACUUCAAUACGUACGGAGGCAAUCCGGUUUCGUGUGCGAUUGCCAAUGCCGUGAUGCGGGUUAUCGAGCAGGAGGGCCUGCAGCAGAAUGCCCUCGUCCUGGGUGACUAUCUGCUCCGCGAGUGCAAUCGUCUCAAGCAGGACUUUGAGUGCAUCGGCGAUGUGCGUGGCGCCGGACUCUUUGUGGGCAUCGAGCUGGUCCGGGACCGGGCGGAGCGUAGUCCGGACAAGAAGGCCGCCCAUUGGGUGGUCAACCGGAUGAAGCAGCUGCACCGCGUCCUCGUCUCCUCCGACGGACCCAACGACAACGUGAUCAAGCUAAAGCCGCCGAUGUGCUUCAGCCGGGAGAAUGCCGAUGAGUUCCUGCUCGCCUUCCGCGAGUGCCUCACCACCCUGAUGCAGGAUCGUUUGACCAGUGCCACCAGCAGCGCCGCCGCUGUGGCUGCCACCAGUGGCGUCAUUGCCACCGCCGCCGAGACGCUGGCCAACAAGACGAAGCUCUUCGAGCGGCAGGAUCGCCUCAUCAAGUCCGUCUGAGGCAGUGCCUGCUGGUUGGCCAGCAGCAGCUCCACCAAUGCCUCUCCGCCCGGGCACAAAAUAGCUUUAGCCUUAGCCGCCAAGGAUAUUUAAAUUAUUCCAUGAUCCCCAUGUCCCCAUGUCCCCCUACCCACCCCCUCUCCAAAAAUAUAUAUUUUUUGAUUAGUUCUUAGUGUCAUUUGUAGCACAUGCAUAUGUAACCAUUGUAACCAUUAUUCUGUUCGUCAGAUAUCUUCUAGUAUCUAGAAAAAUGUAGGGCGCCCAACGCGAAUUUCUUCCAUUGUUAUGUGUACCUUUUCCCCAUUAUUACAAAUAUUAUUAUUCCUUUUUUUUUAUGUAUUUU